AUGCCCCCCAGCAGUUCGUCUUUUACGGCGCUGAAUCUGCCCUCGACAUUUUCGCUACCGCCAUGCAUGGAAUACUUCACUCUCACCGCCGGCCCAAAUACGGACCUUUGGCGUAAGCCACCGAACCGGGAUACUGCAACGGCUCCUAUCGUGUUUACAUCCUUGCGGAGCCCAUUUGUAGUUGCCGAGGUCACUGUCACGGCCGACUGGGAAAUGGAAUGGGACCAGGGUGGUCUGGUGAUCUUUGCCGGAGCUGCGCCGCAAUCAUUCUCGCCAGACAGUACUCCACGAUCGGGCCGCUCCGGGUACCCUCAACCGUUACGACCCUGUAAAUGGGUCAAGGCCGGGAUGGAGUUCAGUUCGGGCACGAUGAACGCAUCGUCGGUAAGCGCAACCUCCGACGGCGCGGACUGGUGUCUCUCACCACUGUCGAUCCCCGAUCGCGGUCCAUCGGCCAUGCAUUCGUUACGCAUCAAAUUGGAGCGAGUCGGACAUUCGCUCUGGAUAUGGUACCAGGAUCCAUCGGCGGUGCCGUAUGCAGCGAGCCCGGCGGCCGUGAGCAGCACGUGGAAGAAGCUGCGGGAAGUAACAUGGUUCUUCUACGGGGUAGAAGACAAGUUCGUCCACGUGGGCGUCUAUGCCAGUCGCCCGCAUAGUCUGCCUCGCACCGGGACGAUGUGGGCGAUGGCCAAUGGUCCGGGGGUGGCCGGAUCGUCGGCGGCGGCAUCAGCGAACGAAGGGUUGGUGGUCGAGUUCGAGGAUCUGGAGAUAUUGUAA